CUCUCAACAUUAAGUGACGUCACUGAGUUCCGACAUGAUUCAAUAGUGGAACGAGUUCGGGGAGUUACUUCCACCUCUGCUCUACUUUUUACACUUCUCUUUAACUACUUGAAGCAUAUUUUAUUCCAAAUUUGUUUUGAAAUAACGAAACGUUGAAGUGUGACGUUGGAGAUAAGUGUGUGGAGUUUACCUCUGGAUCUACGACAGCCCUCCUGUGGCGACUUUUAAGUAAUGGUCCUCAGUGCAGAGCUGUAAAUAACAUCCACCAUGAGACGUCAAACCCUGUCACUAACUGCUCUGUCGUUCCUGUGGCUUUUGAUAAGCUGGAGCAGAAAUCCAGUCUCAGCCUCAGCCUCAGAGCAGCAGGAGCAGCCCAAAAAGAUAGCUGUGAUUGGAGCAGGCAUUGGUGGCACAGCAGCAGCCUUUUACCUGAGACAGGAGUUUGGACCCGGGGUGAAGAUUGAUGUGUUUGAGUCUGGCACCGUUGGCGGGCGACUAGCGACAGUGAAGAUUGGGGACGAUGAGUAUGAGACGGGAGGUUCAGUGAUCCAUCCUCUAAACCUACACAUGAAGCACUUCAUUGAAAAAUUAGGUAUUCCUCAACGGAAAGAUGUCCCCUCUAAAGUGGCAAUCUUUGAUGGGAAGGAGCUCACGUUUGAAGAGAGUGACUGGUUCAUAAUUAAUUUGUUCCGCAUGCUUUGGAGAUAUGGGUUCAACUUGAUUCGAAUGCAGAUGUGGGUGGAGAGUGUACUGGACAAAUUCAUGAGGAUCUACCAGUACCAGCAGUACGGUUACUCCUUCUCCAGUGUGGAGAGCCUCUUACAUGCCAUGGGUGGCAACCGUUUUCUCACCCUGAUGAAUCAGACUCUGGAGGAAACCAUGAUGAGCGAUGGGUUUUCACAGAUGUACCUGAACGACAUGGUUGCACCUAUCACUCGUGUCAACUAUGGUCAGAGUGUCCGUGUCCACGGCUUUGUGGGUGCCAUUGCAUUAGCUGGGGCAGAUUCAGGCCUGUGGGCAGUGGAUGGAGGCAACAACAGAGUUUGCUACGGACUGCUGUACCACAGUAAGAGUGAGCUCAUCCCGGCCAGAGUGACUUCCAUCUCAAUCAAGGUUCGACCUUCUAAAACAGGCUCCACAGCCAGUUUCUAUGAGGUCAAUUAUGUCGAGGAGGCAGGCUCAGCUCAUUCCCUGUACGACAUUGUAGUCAUUGCAACGCCACUGCACCAGGGAAAAUCAGACAUCUCCUUCUCAGGUUUCUCCCCUCCAAUCCCGUCUCACUACCCCGGACGCUACCACCAAACUGUGUCAACUCUAGUCCACGGCUUGCUUAACAUGUCCUACCUCGGGACCACGCAGCUGGCUUCAGAGUUCACUGUGUCUGAUAUCCUAACUACUGACUCAAAGGGCUCUGUCAUCCACAGCCUGUCCUCUCUCGACCCUGUGCACAUCCCCGCCGGAUACAAACGUCCCCCUGCCAGCCACACCAAAGUCUGGAAGGUGUUCUCUCCGCAGCCGCUGUCUCAGGAGCAGCUAAAGAACAUGUUCCUCUCCUGGGACUUCGUGUCUGAGUCCCGAUGGCUGGCUUAUCCUGAGUACCGCCCGCCACAGCGCAAGACACCUCCCUUCAUCCUGCACAACCGGCUGUACUACCUCAAUACCAUGGAGUGGGCAGGGAGUGCCAUGGAGAUGAGCGCCAUCUCUGCUAGGAACGUGGCCCUGCUGGCGCACCAUCGUUGGCACGGACAGGCUGACAAGAUCGACCAGGAGGACCUGCACACCCGCCUGAGAGGAGAACUCUGAGAACGACUUCAGAUGACAACCACCAACAAUAAAAUGCAGUGUACACCCAUACAGAUGCUCAAGGGCACGUCUGCUGCACUGUUAUAACUCCAGUCAGGGCAAACCUCAACUCUCCUCAGGUAUCUCAUUGUUUUGACCUUUUUUUUAACUUAAGAUUCUGGCAGUUUUGGCCUCUGUUGCUAUUUGUCAGAUGUGAAGUACUUGCUGAGAUCUGGGAGCACCUUGACAGUAGAUGAUACAUGAUGAAAUUAAAAUACGAAGAUAAUAAGGUCUCUUAACAGGUUUGAUAACAGACUAAUCAUACAAGUCAGCUAUGAGUCACAGAAUUUCCUACCCGCCUUUGUUUUACACGAGUAAGUACUCGUACCUAUUCCCUUGCAUUUCUUAUCCAAACAAAGUCAAAGUCUACACUGCACACACUGGUGUGUUCUUUUUUGACAAAGAACGUGCAGGUGCGUAACUCCACGGUUGCCAUGGUAACCUGCAUAAAGGAAGGUCAGGGAGGUUCGUUAAGCGAUAUUUAUCUGUCGCUUUUACUGCUGUGUCUCUUGCAUUUGUCAUUCAAAUGCUGCCAAAGCUGACAUUGGUGCCUUUAGAAGGUCACCGGGCGAGAUUAUUAAAGCCUGUCACGUGAACUGGUCUACUGAUGGACUGUUAUGCGGUUAACAGACAAACUUGAAUUAGUAAUCAAGAAAAUAAUCUGCAGAUUAAUAAUGAAUCAAUGCCUGUCUGGAUGGAAUUGCUACAGAUUCUACAACAAGACAAUGCAGUCAAAACAACAACCUGGUGUUUUUGGAUAAAACUCUUAAGUGAGUACUCCUGAAAUUAAGGUAAUAAUUCUAAUCCUAAUCCUAAUUUUAACUGCAGCAUGCACUAUAAUUUAAACCUGAACCAGGACAUAAUUUAAUGAUCUCUGCAGUUAAGAUAGUGAAUGUCAUCAUCAUCACCCUGUUGGCUGAAAGUAAAAAGAAAAAAAAAACUAAUAUUUUAAUGAUUGGGAAAUGAUCCUUUAAUCAAUCUUUAAUAGUUGUUGUGGUUAACUGCUUUGAGCGCUGAAACAUGAGGGGGUUACAUUAACUUAUCAUGCUGCUUUGGUUUUAUCCACCGCAGAGUCAUGAGCCACUGCAUCUCCAACUGUGCGUUGGAGCUCUGCAACCCCGCUCCAGCCCUAACCGGAUUUUCUUGUUGGGUUUAAGUUUUUAAUAACUUAAAUCUUCAUUUAAGGUAAAAAAAAGGCACUGUCAGGUACCGGUACUGGUCUUAAUCAUCAACACACUCAACAGCAGCACAAAUCACACUAUAAAUGGUACAUUGUGCAGUAUCACUAUCACUGUGUUCUUUAGUUUCUUGAACACAUUUUUUAUUGUUUUAAAAAUAUGUGUUCCCUAUUUUAUAAACACUAAGUCAUCAGAGUCUGACUUCCCCUUCAACCAUAAUUAUUCUUGCGUAGUGUUUACUAACAUGCUGAAAGAUGAUGGAGUUCAUGCAUUCAUGUUCAUUCAUUCAUUCAUUCAGCAGCACACUACGGUACAUGUCGGUGAGAACAGGCAGCAAGAUAUUUUUUGUGACGUGGAUGAUAAAAUAGAAAUGAAUGUAUUUUCUUACUCUUAGAAAUCAAGUAUAUAAUAUUAUAUUUAAUGUAAUUAGAGUGAGACCUGUAAGCAAAGUCAUUAGUCUCUUAAUUUGAGGCGUGUUUUAUUAACGCAGUGAAAAGUCUGAGCAUAUGACCAAAGUGUAGUGAGGCUGAUUCAUUCAUUUCAGUAUUUUGUUGUGUUUUUUUCUCUGUACCUAGAUUUAUCUGAUGUAGACACUGUACCCAUGUCCUUCUACUUUGGGGAGAUUACCAGAUUGUUGUUUUUUUGCACACUUUAAUGUGUAUUUUUCUAGAUUUUCUUCUUUAUUUGAAAGAAGCACUGUGGUUGUGUGAGUGUGCUUCAUGACGUACUGUUCUCAUGCACUUUAACUGGCGGAUGAUAAAUACAUCUGCAAAUGUCAAAAACAACAACCCCAGUGAGAUGUUUAAUUACAAAUAAAUUAGACUUCAAACCUA